GGUCCUCCUCUGCGCGCUCUGGGUCUGUCCUCGGACUAACUACGGCGGACUGUUGGAUCACCUAAAGUUCGCCCAAUUGUUUAAGAGGUACCGGGCUCGGGGCCGGAGAGGUUCGGUUGUUUUUGUUUUUUGUUUUUUUUUGUUUUUUUUUUAUCCGGGAGCACAGGGUGUCGUGUUUUUGUCAUCUUUUUAGUGUUUUUUUUGCAGCUUAAUCAUGGAGACUCUCCAAGUUCUCCUUGCGCUGCUGUGCGUUUCCCUGUCUGGAGCGCAAACGCAGAUCUCAACACCCAGGUUUGCGGAGUGUCCUGUUGACCUUUUCUUCGUACUGGAUACAUCUGAGAGUGUCGCCCUCAGAACGAAACCUCCAGAUUUCUACAUUGACCAGAUCAAAGAAUUCACCAAGCUUUUCAUAGAUGAACUCAAGGACAUGCGCCACCAGUGUGAUCGCAUCUUGACCUGGAACUCAGGAGCUCUGCACUACAGUGACGACGUCAUCCUUGUGCGAGAGCUCAGUAACAUGAACACUGAACGCCAGGAACUGAAGAAGGAUGUGGAUGGCAUCAGUUACAUCGGCAAGGGCACCUACACCGACUGCGCCAUCAAGAGGGGUCUCGCUGAACUGCUCGUCGGGGGUUCCCACUACCAUGAGAACAAGUACAUCGUGGUGGUGACUGAUGGCCAUCCUAUUACUGGUUACAAAGAGCCGUGUGGAGGCGUGCAGGAGGCUGCUAAUGAAGCCAAGCAGCAUGGAGUCAAAGUGUUUGCUGUCGCCAUCUCACCUGACCAGGAGGACACCAGACUGUUACUCCUGGCCACAGACCAGAAUUACAGACAGAACUUCACUGCUGCACCUAAUUCCAAAGCCGAAAAGAUCGAGACCAUUCGAACCAUCAUCGAUAUGAUCACCAACGAGACUAAGGAUGUGUGCUGCUCCUUUGACUGCAAUGCUCCUGGAGGACCCAAAGGACCAGAUGGAGACCCUGGCGCUAAGGGAGAAACCGGUAGACCGGGGAUGCCCGGAGAGAAAGGAGAUAUCGGUGAUGUGGGCAAUGUCGGUGAUCCUGGCCCCGUUGGUUACAGUGGAAUGAAGGGAGACCGUGGCUCCAGAGGAGAAAAGGGUGAAAGAGGACACAAAGGCUUCAAGGGCGACAAAGGUCAAAGAGGAAAUGAUGGAGUUGACGGACGCAAGGGUGAAGCUGGUUUCCCUGGGCUUCCCGGCUGUAAAGGUUCUCCAGGACCUGACGGCCAGCAGGGAGAGGAUGGGCCGAAGGGAGACCCUGGUCCGUUCGGACUAAAAGGAGAAAAAGGAGAUACUGGAAAAGAUGGUGACCCAGGACGGUCCGGAAACUACGGCCCCCUGGGGCCUAAGGGUGACCGUGGCCCUCGCGGAGCCAAUGGGGACAAAGGAGAGCGCGGUGAUGAUGGGCCACCUGGAGCAGAUGGAGCUCGCGGCGAGAGAGGACAAAUUGGAGAGAAGGGGGAGCAAGGUUCCCGUGGAAACAGAGGUCCAAGAGGAGACCCGGGGGAGCCAGGACCCCGCGGAGAGCAGGGAAGGGAGGGCUCAGCUGGACCCAACGGAGACCCUGGCGAGGCUGGCAAGCCCGGACCUCCCGGCUACAGAGGAGACGAAGGCUCACCUGGACAAGAAGGACCCAAAGGGCCGAGAGGAAUCAAAGGAGCUCCGGGAGACAGAGGCCAGAUGGGGGAGAGGGGAGAAGAUGGUGUCCCAGGAAAUGGCACAGCAGGUUGUCAUGGUUUCCAGGGUUACCCUGGCCCCCGUGGAGACCCUGGUGAGCCGGGCACCAAGGGAACUCCUGGACCCAAAGGAGAUGAUGGAGAGCCCGGAGAUCCAGGCCCAGAUAACAACGAACGGGGUUCCAGAGGAUCUGACGGGGCCAAAGGUCACAGAGGACCUGAGGGCAAGCCGGGACCUCCUGGGCCUCCUGGACCACCAGGAAGUGAUGAAUGUGAAAUUCUGGAUAUCAUUAUGAAGCUCUGCUCUUGCUGUGAGUGUAAAUGUGCACCUUUGGACCUGGCCUUCAUUGUGGACAGCUCGGAGAGUAUCGGUGCCGAAAACUUUGCUCUUGCCAAGGACUUUAUCAUCACAGUCAUUGACAGACUGAUUAAAGACCAGCAAGUCAAGUUUGCAUCCAACGAGUCCACCCUCAGUGUUGUCCAGUACAGUGGAUCGCGAGCACAAGAGAGCGUCAAGCUAAACGGUGACCUCACCUCUUUCAAGCAGGCGGUGAGAGACCUGCGCUGGUUGGCUGAGGCCACGUACACAGGCGAGGCCCUUGAUUUUGCUCUGAAGACCACCAUCGGGGAUAUGAGGCAAGGAAGCAAAGUCGUGCUAGUUCUCACUGAUGGACGUUCUGAUAUCUCUAGGGAUAACAUUCCCCUCAACGUACUCUGCGGUAAAGGCCUCCAGGUGGGCGGUUUAGGAGUGAAGGACUACUCAGGCCGCGAGCCCAACCAGGAGCAGCUUGAAGCCGUGGUGUGUAAUAAUGACCCCAAACCGGGCUUUUCCUUCGUCCUGGAGAACUUUGCUGAGCUUCUAGAUGACAAUUUCCUACAGAACCUCACAGCCAAAAUCUGUCAAGAGAAGAAAUGUCCAGACUACAAAUGUCCCAUAUCUUUCUCUGAAAGCACCGACAUUCUGCUCAUGAUGGACAGCUCGGCCAGUGUGGGCCAGAAGAACUUCGAGAUCAGUAAGACCUUUGUCAAGCGCUUGGCUGAGCGUUUCCUGACUGCAGAGAGGCAGAGAGGUGUCAGUGUCAAAGUGGGUGUGGGCCAGUAUAGCCGCACCGCCCGCAUGGAGCAACCGCUGACUACCAACUUGACCUUGCUGUCUUACCAAAUCGAUGAAGCGGCCUUCCAAAACGAUGGCACCAACGUGUUAGAGGCCAUGGAACUUGCCAUCUCUAAUUUACCCAGCCGUGGGGACGCAUCGGGAGGCAAGAGGAAGCUGGUGCUGUUCUCUGACGGCAGGUCUCAAGGUGUCACAGAGGCCAUCCUGGAGAAACGUGUUCGCCAGUUGGCAGAUGCCAGGAUUGAGCUCUAUGUCAUCUCGGCCGGCAACCAGGUCAACGAGGCAAACCUGCGCACGCUGGUGAGCAGGGGGCGGCAGGAUGACAUCUCCUAUGCCCAGCGCCACCGGUUCCGCGUCCCAGACUACCCCUCUCUGCUCCAUGGGGUCUUCCACCAAACCGUCUCCCGCAGGGUGUCCUUGCCCUAAAUGCAGGGCUCUGAACAACAGGAACAACACGCUUUUGAUUUUUAGUCCCAUUAUAAAUAUUCAUUUUCACUCAUUUACCACACACUGUUCAAAUACCUUUUUUUAAUAAAAAAAAAUGAAGAUGAAAAGUCAGAAACGACAAAUGAUUGUGUGGCAGACAAAUGUAAAUAUCUUCACAUAAAACUCUUUUACCCUGAGCUGCGCCUCCUAGGCAGACCAUCUCAAGCUGUGUUCAAAGUCCCACCCCUCUCCUGGAACAUAUACACCAAUGAAGGUGCUGGCCAAAAGCAUCAAAAGCAGCAUUGCUGCCUUGGAGGCAAAGGUCAAGGUAAAACAAUCCAAAUUUAAAUUGGGUCACUUUAGUCCUGGAGAGCUUUCAGUAAUGGCCACGUCAAAACCUAAUUCUAGCUUUCAUGUGCAUUGGGCUGGUUUGUACUCAGGUAUGCUGCUGCACCCCUGCCCAUCUUGAGGCUCCCCUCUCUCGUCUCUCCAGGACUCGAGCCACCGUCGUUUGAAAGAUUCCAUUUGGACUAAUAAUUGUAGCUUGUGCCACUCUUUCAUGUGGUUCCUGAGGUGCUGUCACAGUAAUAAGAAUACACAUGAAGAACCAUAGCUGUGAAUUGAAAACACAUUCAUUGGUGAUUUUAUGCUGCAACAACAUUGCUUUUGACCUAGAAGACUGGUCCCUAAGAAUUCUUUAACUUUUUCCAACCUUUGUCCCCAUAAAAUACAUUGAAAAGGUUCAUUGGAAAGUGAGAACAUACUCCACGCUUGAAGGAAAGCAAACCUCACUUGACCUCUCUGAUAGAUCGGCUAAACGACAGGAAAACAAGAUUUUUAAACAAAAACCCAUCAGUACUUCACCGGGUACUAAUGGAGACACAACAGCUGGACUCAACAUGUGUGCUUCAGUGUGUGUGUGUGCGCAUGGAUGAGACCCUCUGUGUGUACAUCAUUUACAAGUAUACGUGUCUGGAUUUAUAUGUAGCCUUGGGCGACUAUUCCAUAAACAGCUGGGGUCACUGGUUCAAAUUACAGAAUAACAAGUGACAUAAACCUGUUCUUUAUUGUCUGUGCAGCAGAGAAGCCUCAGACAAACACACACAUGCGAGCACACACACACUUUUGCACCUCGUCAGUGAGGUAGGAAAACAUAUGUCAUGGUUGAAGGCUGGAAAGAAAAACCUAAUGGGACUCUUGAUACCCCCUGACACCCACAGAAAAACACACACAUACACACACACCUUUUAGAUCUCUACAACUGUAAGUUUCACACGUUAUGUUGUCAAUGAACUGUCGUUAUUAUCUGUGGUGCUAUUAGUCUCAGUGUAACAGCCUCUUUCCAUGAUGUAUAGAAGAAAUUUUACCUGGGGACGCAGCCUCAGUAGUGUUGUAAGUGCUCCUACAAUAAAGGUUGCUACACCAAA